GAAGAAAUAAAAGUAAAGAAAAGUCUCACAGAUUUCUUGAACUUUCACAAAACAAACUAAACCUCUUCAGUCUUCACUCCUAACUCCAUCUUCUGAGAAGUGCCUCUUCGGUUACUUCAUUUCCCAUAUUUCCUUCUUUCCCUCGAACCUCAUGUCAAUCAUCGGAGAGGCUGCUUUAUCCGCUUUCUUUGAGGGGCUGUUUGACAAGUUAGCCUCCUCUGAUUUGUUGAAGAUCUUUCAGCAAGAGAAACUUCAUGCUGACCUCAAGAAGUGGAAGACAACGUUACUGAAAAUUCGUGCGGUUUUGGAUGACGCAGAAGAGAAGCAGAUGACAAGCAGGUUGGUGAAGAUCUGGCUGGUUGAGCUUGAAGACUUGGUUCAUGAUGCAGACGACAUCUUAGACGAGUUUGCUACUGAAGUUUUGCGGCGAAAGUUGAAUGCAGAACCCCGCACAAGUAAGGUACGAAAGUUCAUACCUGCUUGUGUGGGUUUCAAUCCAAGUUCUGUAAUGUUCAAUGCCAAUAUGCGGUCCAAGAUUGAAGAUAUCGACACAAGACUGCAAAACAUUGUGACAGACAUGAAUGGUUUGGGAUUGAUAGAAAGUACUGGGAGAAGGACUAGAACAACAAGAUCCUGGGUGCCCACCACUUCUCUGGUGAAUGAAGGUCAUGUUUACGGCAGGGAUGAAGAUAAAAAGGCUCUUAUCGACCUGUUGCUGAGCCAUGAAUUAAGUGAUGCUCAACUCUCUGUGAUUCCUAUAGUUGGUAUAGGAGGAUUGGGUAAGACAACUCUUGUCCAACUAGUCUACAACGAUGAUGAUGUGAGCCGUUAUUUUGAUUUGAAAGCAUGGGUUUGUGUUUCUGAUGAUUUUGACAUUGUAAGGGUGACGAAAGUAAUCCUACAAUCUAUCAUCGCUCCUGAGACUUGUAGUGAUAAUGAUUUGAAUUUACUACAAGUUAAAUUGAAGGAUAAAUUAUUUGGCAAGAAGUUCCUGUUCAUUUUGGACGAUGUUUGGAAUGAAGACUAUAACAAUUGGACUAAACUACGCAUUCCUUUUGAAUUUGGAGCUCUGGGAAGUAAGAUUAUUGUCACAACUCGGAAUCAAGGUGUUUCAUCAACAAUGGGAACUACUUCAACUUAUGAGUUGAAAAUUUUGUCAAAUGAUGCUUGUUGGUGUGUAUUUUCCCAGCACGCAUUGGGAGCAACGGAUUCUACCAUGCAUCCAGAACUUAAAGAAAUUGGUAGGGAAAUUUUACAUAGGUGUAAGGGUUCACCUCUUGCUGCAAAAGUACUCGGAGGCCUUCUACGCACUAAACGCAAUAGUGAUGAGUGGAAAAAUGUGCUAAAUAGUAAGAUAUGGGAAAUACCUGAAGAGAAAAGCACUAUUCUUUCAGUUCUUAAAUUGAGUUACCAACAUCUUCCUUCACAUUUAAAAAGGUGUUUUGCAUAUUGCUCACUGUUCCCAAAGGGUUAUGCAUUCGAGGAAAAAAAGCUCGUCUUGUUAUGGAUGGCAGAAGGCUUGGUUCAAGAAACAAAAGGAAACAAGCCAAUGGAAGUUGUUGCUAGUGAGUAUUUUCGUGAUCUACACAUGAGAUCGUUUUUUCAACAAUCAAGCAAUCAGGAAUCACUAUUCGUCAUGCAUGAUCUCAUUAAUGAUAUAGCUCAAUGGGUAGCAGGAGGCUUGUGCUACAGAUUGGAAGAUACAAUGGGUGAUGAUAAGCAAUCCAACAUUUCUACAAAGGUACGACAUUUCUCUUACAUUCGAUUUGAGUGUGAUGGAAUCAAAAGGUUUGAGAACUUCCCCAAAGAUGUGCACUUACGAACCUUCUUGCCACUACCAAUAAAGGAGAGUGGCUACUUAACAAAUUAUGUUCCUAAUUGUUUGUUGCCACAAUUAAGAUACUUAAGGGUAUUAUCUUUAGGUGGAUAUAAAACCAUUGAGCUACCAAAUUCAAUUAGUGAUUUGAAACACUUAAGAUACCUCAACCUUUCUAAUUCUUCAAUUAGAAGUUUACCAAAGUCAACAAGUUCUUUGUACAAUUUACAAACAUUGAUAUUGAAAGGUUGUUCUUGCCUUACAAAUUUACCGGAGAGAAUUGGGAAUUUAGUCAAUCUUCGACAUCUUGAUAUUACAGAUGUGAAUUCAAUCAAAGAGAUGCCAAUGGGAAUAGAAAAAUUAAAGAGUCUUCGAACUUUAUCUAAUUUUGUUGUGGGGAAAAAUACUGGAUCCAAGAUAGGAGAUUUAAUGAACUUGGAGUUUCUUCAGGGAAAACUUUGUAUUUCAGGCUUGGAGAAUGUGCUCGAUGCAGAGGAUGCAAGAAAGGCCAAUUUAAAUGGUAAGAAGAGUGUAGAGGCAUUGACAAUGAAAUGGGAGAAUGCACUAGAUGAUAUACAAGAUGAAGGAAUUGCAAUAGAUGUUCUUAACAUGCUACAACCUUAUAGAAUGGUGAAAACACUUUUCAUUGAGGGUUAUGUUGGUGCAAAAUUGCCAACAUGGUUAAGCGAUCCUUCAUUUUCUAAUAUGGUGGAGGUAAGAAUUGGCAGAUGUGGAAAAUGCAUGUCCUUACCUGCUAUUGGACAACUACCCUCGCUUAAAUACCUCGUCAUUGAAAAAAUGGCUAGGGUACAGAGUGUUGGUCCUGAGUUUUAUGGGGAAGGUUACUUGAAGCCUUUUCGAUCCUUAGAGACACUUCGUUUUGAGGAUAUGGAAGAAUGGAAAGAUUGGAUUCCUUGUGGAGUUGAGUAUGAAGAAUUCCCUUGCUUGCGUGAGCUUUCUAUCUCUCGAUGCCCCAAAUUGCAAGGAAAAUUGCCCCGCCAUCUCCCAUCGUUGGAAACAUUUUCUAUUCAUGAAUGUGAGAAGUUGGUAGUUUCAAUUCCAAGCCUUCCAAUACUUCGUAAAUUUGAAAUUGUGGGAUGCAAAGAGGUGAACAGAAGCACAAUUGAGUUAUCCUUACUAAAGUCAAUGGUUCUUUCUAUUUCAGAAUUGAAAAUCUUGACAGAGGAGUUCAUGCCUGGGUCAGCGCAAGUUGAAACUCUGGUGAUAAAUGAUUGUAAGAAAUUAAGAUCUCUAUGGCAAGAUAGGUUCAUGUCCCUAGAAACACUAGAUAUCAUAUCGUGCCCGAGUCUCCUAAACAUCAACUGCUUGACGUCUAGGGUAAAGGCAUUGAAAAUUGAAAGUUGUGGAGCUCUAAAAUCCUUACCGAUAUCCGAUUGUACAUGCCUUGAAUAUGCAACUAUUAAGGAUUGUAAUUCUUUGACGUUCAUUUCAAGAGGCCAGCUACCUCCAACUUUGAAGAAUCUAAAGAUAGUACUUUGCGAGAAUUUGCAGCUUGUGGUGGACAUGGAAGGAGAGGCUUCUUCUUCUUCUUCUUCGGAGAAUCUUAACAGCAACAACAGCAAUAGCUAUGGAUCUCUGCUAGAGCACUUGGAGAUUAUGUGUUGUCCAUCUCUAAAAUGCUUAUGGGCCCUACCUACCACACUUAAAUACCUUGAUAUCAUGGGAUGCUCAGAGCUAACAUCCUUAUCAUCAAGUGACCAGUUACCUACUGCCCUUAAACAUCUUGCCGUAAGUAGGUGUCCGAAACUGGAGUCAGUAACAUACAAGUUACCAGCGUCUCUUGAGCAGCUUGAAAUUGGGAAAUGUGAAAAGCUUAAAUUCUUACCAGAGGGUAUACACAAACUCUGUCAUCUCAAUAAGAUCGACAUAUGGAGUUCUAGUGUUGUUUCCUUCCCGGAUGGAGGGUUGCUCCCCACCAGCCUGAGUGUGCUUUGUAUAGCAACUUGUGAGAAAUUGGAGACCUUACCCAACCUCACCUUUCUUCCACUAUUAAUCAUAUUGGAAUGUGAAAGCAUCAAAUCCUUUCCGGGAGAGGGUUUCCCCACCAACCUAACAUCACUUACGUUGUCAGGGGUGAAUACUUGUAAGAAAAUAUUAGAGUGGGGAUUGCAUAGACUCACUUCUCUUACAUAUCUCUGGAUUGGUGGUGGAUUGCCAGAUUGGCAGUCUUUUCCUGAAGAGGAAGAUGGGAAGAUGAUGAUGGUGAUGCCUUCCUCUCUCAUCAGUCUUAGAAUUGAAGAUUUUCCAAAUAUAGUAUUCCUAUCCUCCAUGGGCUUUCAAAACCUCUCUGCUCUUGAAUAUUUGACAAUCUACAAUUGCCCUAAACUUGCAUUCCUCCCAGAGAAGGGUCUGCCUCCCUCACUUCUAGAUCUAUAUAUUGGGGAAUGUCCAGUGCUGAAACAACACUGCAAGAAAGGAAAAGGGCGAGAGUGGUUCAAGAUCAUCGACAUCCCUAAAGUUUCAAUUUCCUGCCUCUCUGAUUUUUUGAGCUGUGUCAAUGAAGAGGAGGAGGAGUAGCAGCAAUUAUGUAAAUCAGAAACAAAAAAAAAAAAAGUAUAGAUAUCUACUGCUUCCAGUGCUGUAACAGAGGCUAGCUUCUGGAAUCCGAAUUGUUCUCAAAUUUUCAAAAUAAAUUAAUUUUUGGGUAGUAUAUCAAUAUCUCUUUGGGCUAUUCGGAAAUGCAAGAAUCUAUCCGUGUUUUUGAAGUGAAGGUUGUCAAUGCUUCUCAAGCUCUUAACUACUACAGCCCUAUGCUCACGAUCUUUCAAGAAGCAAUGACUUGGAAUCAUUCUCUAGGAAGCUAUAGACCUCCUUGUGCAAUUAGAUCUGAUUUGUUGACUGUCAAUUGUCGAGUGUGGUAAGUGUUGAUGUUAAUGGCAGUUAGUAUUAAAAGAAAGAGUUGCUGCUGAGGUGCAAGCUUUGUCAGACAAUUCAUGAAGUGUUGUUGUGGAAUGCAAACACCAAACCGGAAGAUACGAGCUUUUAAGGCAUUGCUGUGCUGCAUUUGCAAUUUUCUAAGCUCUGAUUUCAUCUAGUCCCUAGGCAAAUUCUGACUAAUGCUCCUACUUUACCAUUGACAAUGGAUGUAAAGUGGAAUAUUUACCCUGCUUUACAUUGAUUUAUUGGAAUCUUGUGGAGAAGCGCAUUAGCGAAAUUCGGAGAUCAGAUCAUGUUCACUUUCAAGGAUUUUGAAACGGACACAUAAAAGGGACACAAUGAGAAGGAAGGUUUGUGCCGUAAAUCUAAGGCAUUCUUCUCAGUUUGCACAUGCCCUCAAUGAGAAGUUGAUACUUGCUCAGAAUCAGAUAUUGAAAAAAAAGAAACAUCCUAGCUAUUGACAAGGAUCCAUCCCCUGCCACUGCCAGAAGCAUUGUGGCCCAAAGUCCAGUGAAUUUGUAGCUGAGGAAAGAAGGCAUUCUGGUCUCAAAGGGCGAACAGCCAAUGAACUUUUCAUCUGUGUUCAUCAAGUUUUUACAUUGAUCAUUCAAGCUAAAGGUGGCUAACCAGUUAUUAUAGAUGUUCAGAACCAGUGAGAACAUGUAAAUGGAAAAUCAAUUCAACUAUUUUUGUCUCCAUUUCAAUUUAGGCAUCUGUAAUUCCUACAACAGGCUUUGGGAAGCAAGAACUUCGUAAUGCCCUAACGCUCUCUUUUUCUUAUGUGAUUUCCCUGCCCUUCAGUCCUAAGGAUCAUACAUUACCUACCAAACUUUACCAACUUGUAAAUUGUAAUUUUUCUCCUUUUAAGCAUGUAUUUUAAUGAGAAGACUUGUUAGGCUUACUUCACAGCUUUAGAUUACAGUAAUGAUUGGAACUUAUAGCUUAUAAUUUUUUUUUUACUUGAGGGGUGUAUUAAAUUGUUGCUGCUUGCUUUAUUCAGUAGCAUGUCCAA